AUGGAUAAGAUACAAGAUGAUAUCUUAUUUAACGGUUGGUGUCCUGUUAUGAUUGACAAUCUUAAUCAAAAGGAACUUAUGCAAAUUGAUGUUCUAACAAAUCCAUCGUAUCGUAAUCUUCUAGAUCACGCAGAUUUUUCUUUAUCACAUACAAUGUUUAAUGAACUUGUCACUCAAUCUUUUGUACGAGUUCGUUAUACAGUAAGAUGCAAAAAUAAAGAAGGUUUAAUCAAUCAACGACGUGAUUCCAUAUUUGACUUGUUGACCCUGGGUAGUGUUGAUACUGAAUCUCUCAAUGAAGUCGUUAAAACUCAUCUAAUAGAACUAAUAAAAGCAGCUGAUUUGGAUUAUGUACGUUCAGAAUCCAAAGAUUGGCGACAAGAUCUAUUGAACAAUCCAACAAUUGUCGGUUCUUGCCGAUCAAUCAAUAGUGCUUUGCAAAUGACUGUUUUACUCUUUUAUUGCAAUUAUUUCUUGGCGUUUUUAGUUGAAGCUGAAAAAUCGUCAUUAUUCGAUUCCUGCCACUUUCUCAUUUCAAAAAGAAAUGAAAACAUGUAUAAAAGUUUGAGGUGUAUUUGGUUUGAUUGUUUACGAUCAGUAUUUCAAUCGAUUCCAAGAACGAUUACAAUUAUGGAUACAGUUGAAAUUUCACUUAUAUUUGAUCUUCGACUACCUUGUGCACGAUUAGAACAUCAGAUCAUUCGUCAAAUAUAUGAAAUGAUUAAAAAUGAUGACGAAAAUCUAAAUGUUAAUUUAUCUGAAGAUAGGUUAUUAGCUUUGGCUAUGGAAAAAUUACGAAAUACAAGUGUUUAUGGAAAGAAUAUUCAGAAUAUUCUCGAUGAUACAAACUUGUUUGAACAUUAUUUUCACGACCAGAUUGCAAUACUUUUGGAUGAAUUAGGUAUUAAUUAUUUAUCUCUGUCAUUCGCACAAAAAUUAUUAACAAUAAAUCCAACUUUAACUGUCGAAAAUAAAAUGAAAUACUUUCUUCUUGAUCGGGAUGAAUUAAUUAGAUUAUUAAAUUUAUUUGAGAUCGGCUUAGAAAUUAUUGGAGAAGAUAAAUGGAAAUUUGAUGAACAAUUUCUUAUUUUUAAUGAAACAGAGGAGGUGAAAUUCAAUAACUCAACAAAUCUGUAUGUUCUUAUUCAAAUAGGACAACAGUUCUAUCAAGUUUCGCCACACGAAUCAUUUGAUUGCGAUAGAAUUUAUGAGUGUAAUAGUGAUCCAUUGAUCGAAACCAGUUUAAUGAACUUAAUCGAAUUACUUGUCUCACCAUCAACUAUUAAAGAUGCUGAUAGUAUUGUACAAUUAUCUACUGCGAAUAUCCUUGCUCAACCAGAUGGUCCUGGCCUUUCAAUAAUCGUGUUAACCGCAUGGCUCAAGGUUUAUCUUCGAGUAUAUGCACUUGCAUUAAGAAGAGAUAGCCACGACGCGAUUAUGAGCAGUAUUAAUAAACUCUUAGCAAAUACUGAAUCAGGAUUUUGUUCAACUCUAAAAAUAUUUAUAAUGAAAAAUUUAUGUCAAAUUUAUUGUGUAGAUAUUGAAGGAUUAUACGAGAUUUUUUUCGAUCGUACUUGCGUUUGGAUUAAGACAGUCUUUUCACAUUAUAAAUAUCAACAACAGCGAAACUCUGGUCAAAAUAUUAUUCUUCCAACACCUCUAUUUGAAGCUAGAGAAGAAUAUAUAAAUAUUAAUAAUACACUGAAAGUUAAUAUAGCAAAUAAACAAUGGCAAGUUCUCAUUGAUAAUUCAUUAAAGUUAUACAAUGACUUCAUUGAAGCAUGGUAUCAACUCAGCUUUAAAGAGGUUUAUUUAGAUUCUCAACCAAUCAAGUUCGAACAUAAGUAUCCGUCAGAAGAAUUUAGACAAAAAACAGAAAUAGCUAAAUUAUUCAUAAAUUCGCCAAGAGAUCCAAAUAGUCUUUUAUUAAUUGCUUGUAUCAAAACGAUUAGUGAUUUACAAAAUAAUAUUGUUCAACAGUUUUAUAAUAUUAUGAAUUCCAAUUCAGCAGAUAAAAGAGUUCAACCACAGACUGUCCCAUUACAAUCUCUUCAACCAAAACACCUUCUAUGUUUGGACAACGAUAUGAUUAGUAGAAAACUGAUGAAUGAUGCAUCAGUAGUCAACUAUGAAUAUGGAAAGGGUAAAGAUAUAAUUUAUGAUUUUGAGGAAAUCGAAUUCAUGGUUCGUGAAAAAAUAAGUUGUUUGCCAUUGAUUGAUACUGAUAAAAUACAUUAUAUGAGUUAUCAAUUCGAACUGUAUGAAGAAAACGCUUCAUUAAUUAGUGAUAUUCGUAGAAAUAGUGAACAAAAGUUAUUGCCUGAGAAGAAACGAAGUGAAUUGCAAAAAUUAAUUGAUAGUAUUUCAAAUGAUGAUAUUCUUCACUACAUUGGUUCACUCGAUCAGAUUUUUACAUAUUUACGACACUGCGAACACAAAUCUAUGCAUAGUCUUACGGUUAAGACAUUUAUUGAACAGCAUAUUCGUUCUAAAAUGGGUCUUUGUGAUAAAUUAUGUCAAGACUCGAAUUCUUCGACUAUUGAACUAAGAUAUAUUGUUGACUUCUAUCAAUUAUUAGAAGAGAUUGCAUUCGAAAAAAUUUUACGAAAUCAUAUUGAACAAGAUUCACGGGGACCAUUAUUAAUUUCAGUUGACGAUGAAACUUAUCUUAUCGAUCAGUUUAUUCAGGCGACAUCUGGAAACAUAACGAUAGCGCCGUGCCUGAAAAACUUAGAUUGCUGGAUUAAUACGCUGAAAAGACUUCUACUACGAGUCUCAAUGAAUACUAACUUAAGCUUCGAUGUACCAUUACAACAAUUUACUGCCCGCUCUGAUUUUUGGACUGUUGAUGUCACAGCAAACGAUAUUCAAUCAUUCAAAAUUGCAAAUGAUAUUUUGUUACGACAUGCAUUCAUUAUUUUGAAAAGUUUAGAAGAAAGAAAACGUGAUUCUCAAGGUGAAAGGCGAUCACAUCCAACUAAUCAGGGACCCAAUACCGGAAAUUCAAUUGCAGCACAACAGAUAUGGUUUCAAAAUCAAACCACGAUGAAAAAUCAGCGCGAAGUUAUUGGCACUAAUACGAGGACAGGUGAAGAAGAGUUUAAUUUAUCAGAAGAUACAAAGUCAAAAGAUAUUUCUUUGGAAGAAAAGCUUUUAGACAAUCGUGAAAUGGAUAUUCUUGGUAUAAUGAGCUUAUCUUCGAUGAAUAUAACUGAUGAUGAUAUGAUAUUAAUCAUACAACGAGUUUUUUAUAAUCAUAAAUCAAAAUGUAUUGGUCUUAUCCUACGUGAUAAUGCUUUGACAUCGACCGGUGUUAAAAUGCUUGUUGAUACAUUGAUUUCAUCGCAAACUAAAUUAAAAUAUCUCAGCCUUUCAAAUAAUCCAAAUAUAGGAGAUAAAGGAAUUGAACAUUUAACUAAUUUAUUACAAAAAAAUCGAUCAAUUACUUUUCUUGCUUUACCAAAUACGGGUAUAACAGAUCAUGGUGUUCGAUUAUUAGCCGAUGUACUUUGUGGCAUUGAUACUGUUUUAUCUUGUACAUCUUUGAAAAAACUACAUAUAUCAUUCAAUAAAUCGAUAACUGAUCAAUCAUUCGAAACUCUUAUUCAAAUAAUUGAGCAAAAUCAAACAUUGAAAUUACUUUCUUCACAACAUUGCAGUUUAUCGGUUAAAAUUCGACGAACAUUAAGAAAAGCAGUUAUAAAAAACAAGAAAAAAAGAUUUAGUCUUUCUGAAUAA